CCGGCGGCGCGCGGAAAGUGCGUCACGUGACGGCCGGCCCCGCCUCUUCCUCUCGGUCCCAUAUUGAACCCGAGUUGGAGGCGGCGAGUCCGGUCUCAAAAUGGAGGUAAAACAGCCGCCCGGCCGCCCCCAGCCCGACUCCGGCCGCCGUCGCCGCCGCCGGGGGGAGGAGGGUCAUGAUCCAAAGGAACCAGAGCAGUUGAGAAAACUGUUUAUUGGUGGCUUGAGCUUUGAAACUACGGAUGAUAGUUUAAGAGAACACUUUGAAAAAUGGGGCACUCUCACAGAUUGUGUGGUGAUGAGAGAUCCCCAAACAAAACGUUCCAGAGGCUUUGGCUUUGUGACUUAUUCUUGUGUAGAAGAGGUAGAUGCAGCUAUGUGUGCUCGGCCACAUAAGGUUGAUGGACGUGUAGUAGAACCAAAGAGAGCUGUUUCUAGAGAGGAUUCUGUAAAACCUGGUGCACAUCUAACCGUGAAGAAAAUUUUUGUUGGUGGUAUUAAAGAAGAUACAGAAGAAUAUAAUUUAAGAGACUACUUUGAAAAGUAUGGCAAGAUCGAAACUAUAGAAGUUAUGGAAGAUCGACAGAGUGGAAAGAAGAGAGGAUUUGCAUUUGUAACUUUUGAUGAUCAUGAUACAGUUGACAAAAUUGUUGUUCAGAAAUAUCAUACUAUUAAUGGGCAUAACUGUGAGGUGAAAAAAGCCCUUUCGAAGCAAGAGAUGCAAUCUGCUGGGUCACAAAGAGGUCGUGGAGGUGGUUCAGGCAAUUUUAUGGGACGAGGAGGAAACUUUGGAGGUGGUGGUGGAAACUUUGGCCGUGGCGGAAACUUUGGUGGAAGAGGUGGUUAUGGUGGUGGUGGUGGUGGCAGCAGAGGCAGUUAUGGAGGUGGAGAUGGUGGAUAUAAUGGAUUUGGUGGAGAUGGUGGCAACUAUGGAGGUGGUCCUGGCUACAGUAGUAGAGGGGGUUAUGGUGGUGGUGGUGGACCUGGAUACGGAAACCAAGGUGGUGGAUAUGGUGGUGGUGGUGGAGGCUAUGAUGGUUACAAUGAAGGAGGAAAUUUUGGUGGUGGUAACUAUGGUGGCAGUGGGAACUAUAAUGAUUUUGGAAAUUAUAGUGGGCAGCAGCAAUCAAAUUAUGGACCCAUGAAAGGAGGCAGUUUUGGUGGAAGGAGCUCAGGCAGUCCUUAUGGUGGUGGUUAUGGAUCUGGUGGUGGAAGUGGUGGAUAUGGUAGCAGAAGGUUCUAAAAACUCAUCAGAAAAGGGUUGAAUGAGAACUACUUGCCUAUAUGAGGAAUGCCUUGCAUAUCAUCUUAAAUUCGAAGGUUUCUGGCUGGGUAAGACUUAACAGUGUACAAAAGAAUACCUGCAUAUGAUGUCAUUUAGUUUCCCUUUCUACUAUACAUGUCCCAUGCACAUUUUAAGCGUUUCAUCUCUUACCCAGUUGAGUGAUUCCCUACCUCCCCCCUCCUCCCCAUGUACACAUCAUCAUUUUGAAACUCCAUUUGCUUAAUUCUGGGACCAUUUUAACAAGGGAACUAACCAUUACCUGUGGUUUUUAUAUUACAAAGCUAAUAUAAAGCCCUUUGAUGAAGCAGCCUGUCCACCUCAGUCAAUUGUGACAAACAUGAAAAUUGUUGACCAGGUUAUUGAGUAACGGAUAAAUUUACUCUUAAUGGGGCUUAAACCCAUUUACACUGAACAAAGUCACACAACAGCUUCAUAUCAGUCCUGUCGGGGUCAUUGUAUGUUCCAUUUUAAAGGUGUGGGUUCUGUUCAAUGAUUUGCCAGUGCUAUCCAGCUUAUACGGUUUAAAGCUGGUAUUUAAACAUACCAAACUAAUGGAUGUCUUUCUAUGAGGUGCUUGGAGCAUAUAAGCAGAGUGUAGGAGAUGUUAAUUACAAAAUGUAAAUGUUGGCAGCCUAGCAUUUAGGUACAGAACUUGGUUUGCUUCAAGUAUAUGAACCCUUUUAAAAUCCUUAUUUCUUAGAAUUAAGUAUUUAUUCCAAGGGAGAAGAAUGGGUAAGGGCUAGGCAAUAAAGCUGACUUUCCCUAGGCCACACAGCUAGGAAUUGUCUAAAGCCAAUUUUGAACCCAGGAUCUCCUGGCUCUCAAUCCAAACCACAAAGCUGUCUCCUAUCAGGCCUUAUAAAAAGCUUUCUUGUAGAAAUGACUUUUAGGUAUAAGCAUAUUUAAUGAAACUUAACUACUUGGACCUCCAUUUCUAUAAAAUACUUUUUAAUGAAAAGCAAAUAUGAAUAAGUUUAUAGGGAUAUCCUAGGCAUUUGAAUUUAUAAUUUUCCACCUGGUUAUUUUCUGAUCAACAAGAUAAGGUAUAUUGCCCACUGUCUUUAAAAUUAUGAAAAUAAUUCAGAGCCUUUUUUUUUUCUUACAAAGACUAGAAGCUUGUGUUUGGUACUCUUAUACCAGGUGUAGAAUUUGCCCCAAUCAUUUCCCACAAGAAGCUAGCAAAUUUUCCUCAUGUGAGAUAAAGCAGUUCUUAAUCUGGAUUUAUAAUUUAUCAAAUCAGACUAACAAUAAAAGAAUAUGUGAAUCUGAUGCAUACCUUUGAAAUCUUGUAGAAUUCAGUUCAAUGUUAAAUUCUCUAGGAAAAAAGGUUAUUUUUUUUUAAGGGUAGGGGAACAGAACAAAACCAUUUUCCCCCUAAAAGGGAAAGUGACAUUGUUUAGGAUUUUGGUUUUUUUUUUUUAGGACUUUAUGCAAUCUUAAGAUGGGGGGGUGGGGGGAGCUACCAAAGUUAGGAAAUCUACUCCCUCCUUUUCAAAGGUCUGAUGAUAAUUAAAGGAAUUAAGGCUUGUGUACAAAUCAGUUAUUAACCUCCAACAGGUGAGUAUAUUCUCUUCCAAAACACCCAACUAUUUAAUGCACUUUAAAAUAACACUUUAGCGGGGGCAUCCAUCAUCAAUAACAACAUAGACCAGAGGAGCAAAGUACCUUAAAUGAUCUCAAAUGAUUUUUUCACUUGGUUUAGUGGAUUCAUUUCACCAGGAAUUUUUGCUUGCUAAACAAUGGUAAAGAAUUCUAAGUAACAUGUAUUUAAGUAAAAUGUUUUGUUUUUGAAAAGUUAGAAGCAGUCAAACUUGUGCCUAUUGAUUUCCCCAAUUAUGAAUACAAAUUUCAUAAAAUUUUACACAUGGAAUAACUGGGUUCAAAACUGUCCUGGAUGUAUUUGUAUCUUAAAACAUGAUUGUUAACAAUUCUUAGUGCCCAUUUGACCAAGGGAUCUAGAUUCAUGCAAAUCUGCCCUAAAAACUUCUAAGGAGGAGAAUCCUAAUUUGGCUAUUUUACUCUGACACCAGUUUAAGAGAAAAUAGCUCAAACUAUUGCAUACCUAAAUGACUGGUGCAAACAGCUUUGUUGUCAAAGGUGGCAGUCAAGUGCUGCUUUGUUGUAGCAGCUGACACCUGUUUCUAAAACAGCAGGGUUUCUGUCAUAACAAAUAUAAAGGAACACUACAUAAUCUGCUUACUGUUAUAUUUACUUGCUAUUAGGGUAAUUGUUUAAACAGUGGAAGAAUUUUAUACAAGUACUUUCAAAAUACUUUAAGAUGUUUUGGAUAUUCAGAACUUAGAAGGGAUUGCUCAUAAUGCUUAAUUGUAACAAUGUAUACAGAAAUAUAUUUUCAUUAAAAUCUUUUUGCAAAA